UAUUGCUUAUAACAUUUUCAUCGGUAAUAGAAUAGAUCAAAAAAGUUUUUUUAGCCGUAUAGUAGUAUUUAUUUCGGAAAUUCCGGGCCAUGACGACGAUACUGACGUGUCACGACGACUGUUGGCAAAUUGAUUGCUAACGUUAUCGUAAUCGUAGCUCAAUACUUUCCUAUCAAUUGACAUUUUAUUAUAGAACACCUAAAUAUUCUUUCAUUUUAUCGCCGACUGCAGCAGUACACGUGUGCCAAGAAAUUAUAUAACUGUUUUAAGUCUUGGAUUUUUUCAAAAAUGAAUACGUAAUAUGGAUUCAUGGGUAAUCAAAACAACCAAAAACUCGUCUGAAAAUAUUACCGAAAAUAAUAAAACGUCCGAAAGCACUUCAUAUAUUAAUAAAACAUCAGAGAACACUUCAAUAAUUAAUAAACAAAUAAUCAACCGAUUUUUCAAACACAUAAAAAAAAUCAAAUAAUUCUUCCGUCGUAUCCUAAUGUAGGUGGUAGAUCUUUUAGAAGUCAAUGGUUCAAAUUAUUUGAUUGGCUUGAAUAUUGUCCAGAAAAAAAUGUUGCAUUUUGUUAUCCAUGCAGAAUUGUUGGUAAUAAUGAGACUAAAGAAAUUGCAUUUUCUGUGACAGGAUAUUCCAACUGGAAAAAAGCUUUAGAAAAUAAUAAGGGGUUUUAUAAACAUCAAUCUUCUUCGUCGCACCGUAUUUGUAUAACAAAAUUGGUAGAUAAACAAAAACGUGUUGAAACGACUACAGAAAUUUCAACAUUGUUGAAUGAAAACGUUCUCGAAAAACAUAGAUAUUAUGUAAAAUCAAUUUUUGAAAUAAUCAUAUUUUUAGUCGUGAAUGAAUUACCAUUUCGUGGGGAUUUUGAUUUAGAAAUGCAGGAAUAUAAAGGUUUAUUUCAAUCACUUUUUCGGUACACUCUUAAAAAAGACACUAAACUUGCAGAAUGCGCUAAAUUAAUUCCUCAAAAUGCUACUUAUUUAUCCCCUGUCAUUCAAAAUGAAACUAUCAAUAUUAUGCAUAACGCUGUGCAAAAUAGUGUUAUAGAAGAUUUAAAAAAAUGCAGAUGUCCCAUGGUAUACUAUAAUGGAUGAUGGUACUAAAGACAAUAAUAAUCGGGAAAAUAUUCCCAUAGCCAUACGAUACGUAAAAAAUGGAAAACCAAUUGAAUCUUUAUUAUCAAUUAAAAAUGCAACAAAUUUAAAUGCAGCUUAUUUUGUGCAAAUGACACUUGAUCUUUUAAAGUCAUUAAAUAUUAAUACUGAUUAUAUGCUCAGCCAAUGUUACGAUGGCGCUAGCGUGAUGAGUGGUUCUAAAGGUGGUGUUCAGGCUUUAAUGCAAAAAAAGCUUAAUCGAGCUAUUCCCUAUGUACAUUGUUAUAAUCAUCAAUUGCAUUUGGUUAUUGUCAAAGCAGUGUCGGAAGUGACCGAAAUUGGUCACUUUUUUAAUCAGUGUAGGCUCAUCCAUAAAGUAUUUAACACAUUUAAAAUAAACUCAUUAUACGAAGGCAAUAAUACAGUUAGAUUGUUAGAACAACGUUGGUCUAGCCAUUUAAAAAUAUGUGAAAUUAUAUAUAAUAAUUAUGAUAAUAUGAUAAAUUGUCUAAAAAAAGUGCAUGGAAAUUCAUUUGAUGGCAAUGAGUAGCUCAAUGUGCAGGACUCUCAUUAACAAUGAAAAAGAAAACAUUUAGAUUCGCUUGUGUCUUAUGUUAAAAUGUUUAAGAUACAUCAAACCAGCCGAUAAAAUUUUGCAAUCAAGAGAAACUGGUUUAACCCUAGCAAUUCCAAUUAUUCAUAGCGUGAUUAAUAGUUUAAAACAAUCAAGAAAUGAAGAAGUGUUCAAUGCAAUUUUAAAAGACUGUGAACAUUUAUUACCUGAAACCGAAACUGAAUCUCCAAAACGCAAGAGAAAGACUACGAUAAAAUUGAAUGAAUAUAUUUUAAGUGAAUCAUCUGGUACUUAUACAAAUUAUGUCAA